AUGUCCGCCCCAACCAACGCGGAUGCUACGGACAUAUCCUUGGCCGCUGCUUUCGCGGCCCUGAGCGUUGAAUUUGUGGUGCACCCUUUCGAUACUCUCAUUACACGCAUUCAAUCCCCCGAAUAUGUACCCAAAUACCGUAGCCACGAAGGCAAACUCCAGCCGGCGCUGUUCCGAGGCCUAUAUCGCGGCUUGACACCAACCGUCGUCACGACCAUUCCGGCAUCUGUCACUUUCUUCACCAUCUACGAAACAGCCAAGACUGCUCUUCAACCGAAGGAGGGUCUCAGGCCUGGGAGUCUGUCUCAGACAGCUGUUCAUGCCGCCAGCAGCGCGCUGGCUGAUAUGGUCGCCUGCGCCAUCAUCAACCCGUCGGAAGUCCUCAAGCAGAACGCGCAAGUUGCCAGAUUCUCAGAAGGUGGCGUCCAGCGCAAUCCCAUGUUGGCCUCGCUCAAGCACUUCGCAAGGCAUCCCCUGAAGCUAUGGACAGGUUAUACGGUCUUGGUAGCUGGAAAUCUGCCACGUACUAGCCUCACAUUUUCCAUCUACGAAUAUCUGAAAGGCGCCUGGCUCAGGAGAUCGAAGAAGUCCGAGAGCAUAGCGGAACAAGUCAAAGUGAGCGGAGUCACUGCUGGCAUCGGCGGUUCAAUAGCCUCGCUUCUCUUUGUUCCUAUUGACGUCGUGAAAACCAGGAUGCGGUUGCCGGAAGUCGCUCCUCCCAGUCAUCAUUUACAGCCAGAAGCAUUGUUCACGUCUUCGCUAAGCCGCGAGAAAGCUAGAAAGCCUGCUGCGAGAGGCCCUAUUACCAUUGCCAAGGGCAUCUUGAUAAGAGAUGGGAUUUCAGGGCUGUUCAGAGGGGCAACUGUCACUUGCGUAGCGGCUGCUGUGGGGAACGGAUUGUUCUUGGGUUGUUAUGAAGGGCUCAAGUUGCACUAUGCCCGUGAAGCUUCAAAGAGUGAGCUCAUCCAAUAA